ACUUUAUCCAUGUACACGUUGACCUGUUUUUACUUAAAAAGUCAAAGAAAAUUGACAAAAAUCAAAUUCUUACUCUUGUAAAAAGUGCCAAACAAGUAAGUAGACAAUUCUGCACUUUACCCGACCGAGGAAAGAAACUUUGUAUGUGUAAAGUAUGUAAGAAAUCAUUUAAUCAAAAAACUCAUUUAAGCAUGAAUAUGCUAAUUCACACAGGAGAGGAACCUUAUAUGUGUGAAGUACGUAAGAAGAUGUUUAGUGGAGAGUGUAAUUUAAACAAGCAUGUGCAGAUUCACACAGGUAGGAAACCUUAUACGUGUGAAGUAUGUAAAAAAUCAUUUAAUCAAAAAGGUCAUUUAAACAUGCAUAUGCGUAUUCACACAGGUGAGAAACCUUACAUAUGUGAAGUAUGUAAGAAGACAUUUAGUAUAAACAGUAGUUUAAACAGGCAUAUGCUUAUUCACAAAGGUGAGAAACCUUAUAUGUGCGAAGUAUGUAAGAAAAUGUUUAGUGGAAAGUGUAUUUUAAACAAGCAUAUGCAGAUUCACGUACGUGGGAAACCUUAUAUGUGUGAAGUAUGUAAAAAAUCAUUUAAUGAAAAAGCUCAUUUAACCGUGCAUAUGCGUAUUCACACAGGUGAGAAACCUUACAUUUGUGGAGUAUGUAAGAAGACAUUUAGUGAAAACAGUAGUUUAAACAGGCAUAUGCAUAUUCACACAGGUGAGAAACCUUUUAUGUGUGAAGUAUGUAAGAAGGCAUUUAGUGAAAAGGGUACUUUAAACAAGCAUAUGAUUAUUCACACGGGUGAGAAACCUUACAUGUGUGAAGUGUGUAAGAAGUCAUUUAAUCGAAAAGCUUAUUUAAAUGUGCAUAUACGCAUUCACACAGGAGAGAAACCUUAUAUGUGUGAAGUAUGUAAGAAGACGUUUAGUGAAAAGCUUAUUUUGAACAAGCAUAUGCUCAUUCAUACAGGUGAGAAACCAUAUGUGUGUGAAGUAUGUAAGAACACAUUUAGAGAAAGGGGUAGUUUAAAGAAGCAUAUGCUUAUUCAUACUGGUGAGAAACCUUAUAUGUGUCAAGUAUGUAAGAAAUCAUUUAAUCAAAAAGAUCAUUUAAACAAGCAUAUGCAUAUUCACACAGGUGAGAAACCUCAUAUGUGUGAAGUAUGUAGGAAGUCAUUUAAUCGAAAAGCUCAUUUAAACAAGCAUAUGCGUAUUCACACAGGAGAGAAACCUUAUAUGUGUGAAGUAUGUAAGAAGACGUUUAGAGAAAGGGGUAGUUUAAGGGAGCAUAUGCUUAUUUACACUGGUGAGAAACCUUAUAUGUGUGAAGUAUGUAAGAAGUCAUUUAAUCGAAAAGCUCGUUUAAACAAGCAUAUGAGUGUUCACAGAGGUGAGAAACCUUAUAUGUGUGAAGUAUGUAAGAAAUCAUUUAAGCAAAGACCUAGUUUAAAUAAGCAUAUGCGUUAUCACACAGGAGAGAAACCUUAUAUGUGUGAAGUAUGUAAGAAGACGUUUUAUGAAAAGGAUACGUUAAAGAAGCAUAUGCGUAUUCACACAGGAGAGAAACCUCAUAUGUGUGAAGUAUGUAGGAAGAUGUUUAGUGAAAAGGGCAAUUUAAACAGGCAUAUGCUUAUUCACAGUAGAGAGAAAAUUUGUGUAUGAUACGUAAAUAUUCAUUCAUUUUCAUAAAGAUAAGUUGGUGAAUCUUCGGAUUAUGGUAAUUUGGCGACCAACCCUGCUACAGCAACCUGCUAGUUUUUUUUUUUUUUUUUUUUUUUUUUUGACGACAUU